AAAAAACACUUUGAAACAAUUUAACAAUCGGUCGAUUUGGUAUUUUGCUUGUUAAUUCCAUCGAUCCAUCAAUUUAAUUAAUUAAGACUAAUCAGUAUCCAAAAUGAUUAAAAUGAAAUUUUUUUGUAUUUCAAUAUCUUUGGCGUUAGUAAAUAAUUUGGUAGCUGUAUUGGAUCGAGAUUAUCGCAUGGACGUUGAGAAAGCAAACGCAGAAAUCGAGAUAGCAAGAAAUCAAGGUGUUUUGCCGGACCUAAUUCAAACCAUUGUUCGUGGAAAUUAUACGAUGAAGCAAAUAAUGUUGAUGUUGGCAAAACCGGAAAGAGAUAUUAAUAGCGAUGGUAUUACGUUGUAUGACGACGCAAUUGCUAAUAUACAAACCCAGAGAGACUUGCGAACAGAAAUAUUGAGAAAACUACCUUUUUACAGGUUUCCUGUGACACCAAGAAAAUAUGACACUAUGAGUAUGACAGAUAUGGGCAAUGAAAGAAGAAAAUAUUGUAGUGAAGCCGUAAAAGAAUUAAUGGGUUUUGUAAUAAGUGGAAGCAGUCCACCAGGGUUCAGAGUGGAUAUUACAGUUUUCAUCCACUUGUGUCGUUUAAUUGCGGUGCACAGAGCUAUUAGAAAUCCGGAUUUAUUCAGAGAGAUGGUUGAUGCUAAAAUCGAAGAUGAAAAUUGUGUGAUAACAUAUGCAAAUACGAGAGAUAUCAAAUACCGAUACUUUGGCAACCGUCUUUAUGAAAUUUACGGUUCUGGUAAUCCAAAACAGACACUUUCUUUUCAAGUGACUCAAUGGGACCAGUAAAUUAUUUAAUAGUACUAUUGUUAAUACAUACUAUACGUACAUAGUAUUAUAACGUAUAUGAACAAUGAUUGCAUAUCUUCUGAUGUAAAAAUUGUCAUUACAUAUAAUGUAUUUAAAAAUAAACAAAUAUUAAUCGAGAUUAUAAAAACGUUUG